AAAGCAUCUAGUCAGCUGAUUGGCUUGAAGUAUGGUAUUUCACUUGUUUCCAGGACCAAUAAUAAUCUGACUGAUAUGCAGUUUUCUAUCCUAUAAACACCUUCCGAUAAAGCUUCACAAUGGGGUCCUCGCGUUGUGUGGUAUUGUAGAUAUUAAAGUUAUCUAAAAUGGAAAACUUUUCUAAUUAUUUUAAUACUAAUGGUUCGGUCGUGACUAAUGGAAAGACUAAUUCAUACCACAAAAGCGAUGUGUGCAUCAACGAUAGUUUACCGAAAGAGUUAAUCAUCAGGGUUUUUUCUUACUUAGAUAUCACUACUCUAUGCAAAUGCUCUCAAGUUUGUAAAUUUUGGUAUGAAUGUGCUUUUGAUGGGAGCAACUGGAAGAGUAUUAAUUUAUUUGACUUCCAGCGAUAUGUGCAGCCCAAAGUAGUUGAAAAAAUCGCUCAGAGAAGUCGGGGCUUCCUCCGUGAGUUGAGGUUGAAAGGCUGCCGAAAUGUUACUGAUGAGGCUCUAAAAUGUUUUACUGAACUUUGUCAUAUGAUUGAAAGUUUGGACUUAUCGGGAUGUCAAAACUUGACGAAUGGAACUUGCGAUUAUUUAGGGAAAAAUUGUUCUCUUCUGACUACUUUGUCCCUGGAAAGUUGCUCUCGUAUAGAUGAUGCUGGAUUAGAAAUGCUAAGCUGGUGUUCAAAUCUAACAUGUUUGGAUGUGUCAUGGUGUAGUGUUGGAGAUCGUGGGCUAACCGCUAUCGCCAGAGGAUGUAAAAGUUUACAAAGAUUUCGUGCUAUAGGUUGUCAAGAGAUAACAAGUCGUGGUGUGGAACAAUUAGCACGUCACUGCCAUGGUUUAUUGCUGUUAAACUUGAAUUACUGUGGACAGGGUGUCACAGAUGAAGCUAUGGUUCAUCUUUCCAUUGGUUGUCCUGAUCUACGUGUACUAGCUAUAUCACAUUGUUCAAUAACUGAUCAAGGUCUUCGUGCAAUUGCUGGCACAUUAUCGCCAGCUGCAGCAGCAGCUAUCGUUGGACAAGCUACAUCUACCAGUCAGCAAAAUGGGAUCCCUUUAAUUCUUCCGGUAGUAACAAGCAAUGGAAGCGUUAAUAAUCAAGAUGCUUCAUCACCAAACGGUAAUGUUAAUAAUCAUGGAGAUCGAGAUAAUAAUCGACGCCAAAAAACUAAUGAUUCUAAUAAGAUAACAUUGAUUCCAGUUGGAUGUGUUAGCUUAACAACUUUAGAAGUGGCUCGUUGUUCAGCUAUCACAGAUAUUGGCCUAUCGGCAAUCGCACGUGUUUGCAAUAAACUUGAAAAGUUGGAUCUAGAAGACUGUGCGUUAGUGACUGAUUCAACUUUAGCUCAAUUAGCUGUACAUUGUCCACGUUUAAAUACACUAGUAUUAUCACAUUGUGAUCAAGUGACUGAUGAAGGUAUUGCACGUCUAGCUGAAGGUCUUUGUGGUCCUGACCAACUUCAAACAUUAGCUAUGGAUAAUUGUCCAUUAUUAACAGAUGCUGCUUUAGAACAUCUGGGUAGUAAUUGCCGUAAACUUCGACAGUUGGAUUUAUACGAUUGUCAAUUGAUAACGAAACAAGGAAUCAACAGUUUAGAGGUAAGACAAUUAACAGAUGUUCAAUCAUGCUUCAGACUUCAUGCUUUUUUAUGUUUGAAUAAAUUUAUUUGUGUACUUUUAAUGAGAAUUAUAUUAUUUUCAUAGUUUAAAUCAUAUAAUGAUCUUAGCUAAACCACCAUUGAAAACUUGGUGACAUUAGACGGGCAUUUAGUUCUAUUAUGAGACUCCUUGGAAGUGCAUAUCUACGACUCCGUACCCCGGCAUCAAACCCAGGACAGUUCAGUUUUGCACCCGAACGCUUGGCCUCUAGAUCAGUUUGUGAUUUGAACUUUCUACAGUCUCCACAAUUCCCCCUAUACUAGUAAUAAUGCAUUCAACUAGUGAAUAGCUCCAAGAUUCGACUCCUGGAGUUCUGGUGAAAAGCUGCGACCAGUACAGUUCAACUGUGUCGAGUGUAAGACAGUCGUUCGCUUCCGAAAAUGGCAGAUAACUACGUGAUAUCAUAAAAAUUGAUUAAAAUUAGACAUGUACACCAUUGAAUGACGACUCAUUGGUUUUUAAGUUGGGCGUUCGCGCCUGAGACUGAAAGUUUUGGGUUCGAUCCCCUACGAGGUCGUGUAUAGGAACCACUGAGGAGUCCCAUACCAGGAUGCAUUGACUAUCCAGUGCUUCUAUUUUUCAGUGGUGGUCUAGUUCGUUAUUUAAAUUAUAGAAAAUUAUACCAUUUCUGUAAAUCCCUUUAUACGAAUUACUUUUUAUGGUAAUUAAAAUUAGAUAUUUUAUAAUGAAUAUCAGAGUGCAUCGAAAAGUUUUUUUCCGAUAUUUUUCGGUUUGUGAUUAAGUCAGUUCUUCAGAAAAUAACUAGGUUUUUCAUAUUAUUACAUGUUUCAGUGUUACACAAGGAAUUAAUCAGAUUAAAUACUUAAUUGAAAUUAAAACAAGUCCGAUCCUACGCUACUCUUAUGCUGUUAUUCAGGUCAAAGUUGAUUCUGUAUAGAACAUGCUUUCAUAUGUUAAUAAUUAAAUUAUUUAUUUAUUUAUUUGAACACAUAUAUAUUGGUACAGGAGUGCGCCGAAUAUAUAUGCGCCACACAAAAUGAGAAUUUAAGAAGAAAAAAAAGUGAGGAACAUUAAAAAAAAUAAUAAAUAAAAAAACAAUGAAAAAGAGAUUGGUGUAAGGUAGUGUAAUGAUAAUAAUAGUAAUAGUAGGGGAACAGAAGGGUACAAUCAGAAGAAAUCUUUCAGUUAAGGAAGAUAUAACCACUUUUUUAUGAAGAAAGCAAAAGAAGAUUACAGCAGGAUCGCCACUGGCUUCUAUUCUGAGCCAUAUCUGAUAACGUCUCUAGCCACUGUGUAGCACCAUCUCUCGGAUCCCAACCAGGGAGUCGUGAAGGACCGACACAAGCCAGUCCUUUGCAGCUUUCUUUCAUCCCACGACACCAUGUCAUGCACUGACCACCUCUCCGCUUCUUCCAACCAGUCCCAGAGUCGGCAAAUAAUGCACGACGUGGAAUUCUCUGGGACGAC